CAGCCACGCCCCUCCCGAGAGGGGCGGGAGCCGCGCGUAGAUCCCACGUGUGACGCUAACGCUCCCGGUUCGGUAAUAUUCGUUGAGCUGGGGCUGCAGUGUUCGUGUGUAUGCGCUUGUUUGGAGUUGGUUGGACUUUGAGCUAUGGAAGCGGACGCGAGUCAAGUCACCUCUGGAAGUCCGAAUGAUUCGCAGCACGACCCGGGUAAAAUGUUUAUCGGUGGCCUCAGCUGGCAAACCUCACCAGACAGCCUUAGAGACUAUUUCAGUAAAUUCGGGGAGAUCAGAGAAUGUAUGGUGAUGCGCGACCCCACAACCAAACGCUCCAGAGGGUUUGGCUUCAUCACAUUUGCAGAUGUUUCCAGUGUAGAUAAAGUCUUAGCGCAACCACACCACGAAUUAGACUCCAAGACGAUUGAUCCUAAGGUUGCCUUUCCUCGGCGUGCUCAACCCAAGAUGGUCACAAGAACAAAGAAAAUAUUUGUGGGUGGAUUAUCAGCGAGCACAGUCGUUGAAGAUGUGAAACAGUAUUUUGAACAGUUCGGAAAGGCUUCGGCUUCGUAACGUUCGAGAAUGAAGACAUUGUAGAGAAAGUCUGUGAAAUCCAUUUUCACGAAAUCAAUAAUAAAAUGGUAGAAUGUAAGAAGGCCCAACCAAAGGAGGUGAUGUUUCCUCCAGGGACGAGGGGGAGGGCGAGAAGUCUUCCGUACACCAUGGAUGCCUUCAUGCUGGGCAUGGGCAUG